GCACUCGGGUGAUAUUUCCGAACGCAGCUGAACAUGGCACGAAUGCGAGAUGCGACGAGUGCAGGCCUAAAAUAUAAACAAUACGACAUGUAAAUUAUAUUAUCGAAUAUCUCGAUGGUUAACGGAGAUGUACACAUUGCUGCAUGGUUUGUACAAGUAUUUGAUGCAAAAGGACGAGUACUUCAUAUUAAUUUUAGGCCUCGACAAUGCGGGAAAAACGACUUACCUCGAGGCGGCGAAGACGAAAUUCACGAAGAAUUACAAGGGUAUGAAUCCGAGCAAGAUUACGACUACUGUAGGCUUGAACAUUGGCAAGAUCGACAUUGCUGGAGUAUCUUUUAACUUCUGGGAUCUUGGUGGUCAAGAGGAACUUCAAUCUCUGUGGGACAAAGUAAAUACGAAGGCAUAAGCCUCUUUUGG